UCGCGUGUGUGCUCCGAUUCCUGUGCGCGGUGUAGCGGGACACGCGCGCGCGCCGCCGCCGGGGCAGUGUCCAUUUACCGGUCGCCGCCGUCGCGCAUGGCGCACAAUCCGUUCUCGGCCCGGCUGGCCGCCCGAAUCGCCAUGUCGUACGGGCCCAGCGUCAGCUACAUAAUGCUCAUCCGGGUGGCCAUACUGUUCUUCCGGCCGGACAUCGAGGACGUCGACCACCGGCUGACGGACCGCCAGAUCGCCGAGAUCGGGGACAAGUACGACUUCGUGGUGAUCGGCGGCGGUUCCGCGGGUUCCGUCGUGGCUAACCGUCUGUCCGAGAACGCAAACUGGACGGUUCUAUUAAUAGAGGCUGGAAUCGACGAACCGGCAUUGUCAGACAUACCGUUGCUGUAUCCUUCCCUCCAGCGUACGUCUGUUGACUGGCAGUACAAAACAGAACCCAGUAAUUCGUCAUGCUUGGGCUUCAACGGAAACCAAUCUAGCUGGCCUCGGGGCAAAGUUGUCGGGGGCAGCAGUGUCCUCAACGCUAUGUUCUACGUCAGGGGCAAUCGGAAAGACUACGAUGCAUGGCGAGACGCCGGAAAUGAGGGCUGGGGUUACGAGGAUGUAUUGCCGUACUUCAUCAAGUCCCAGGACAUGAGGAUACCGGAACUCAUGGAUUCGGAGUACCACGGCACUGGAGGAUACCUGAGCGUGGAGCACUUCCGGUCGCAAUCGCCAAUCGUAGAAAGUUUUUUGGAGGCUACCAAGGAAAUCGGUUACGACGAAGUCGAUAUAAACGGACAGAGUCAGACAGGAUUUACGCGAUCCCAAGGAACUCUUAGAGACGGGUUGAGGUGCAGCACGUCCAAAGCGUUUUUGAGGCCAAUCAAAGAUCGUCCAAACCUUCAUAUCAGCUUACACACGCACGUUUUAAAAAUCGUGAUUGAAAACGGCCGUGCCACGGGUGUACUGAUAUCGAAACUAGGGACAAUACCGAUGUUAGUGAAAGCCGAAAAAGAAGUGGUGCUCUCGGCGGGCGCAAUAAAUUCGCCCCACUUGUUGAUGUUGUCCGGGAUAGGGCCUGCUGACAAGAUACGUAAAGCCGGCGUAAAAAUCACCAAACACAUACCCGGCGUGGGGCAGAACCUGCAAGAUCACAUUGCGAUGGGUGGGGUAACAUAUUUGUUCGAUUCGCCCGACGAUUCCAAUCCCCUUGGUCUGGGCAUAGUGCUACCCAGGGUGUUGACGCUCAACACGUUCAUCCAAUUCUUCCGCGACAAAAUGGGACCGCUCUACAGGAUACCGCUCGGUGAAGUCAUGGGUUUUGUAAACACGUCAUGUUUUGGUUUUGUUAUUUUAUCUUCGUUACAUAUGGUUUUCCCGUUACAGCUACAACGACGAUAUCGAUUGGCCGGACGUUCAGUUAUUUAUGGCAACAGCUGGGGAUAACGACGACGGAGGUCUAUUGAACAGACGGGAUGUAGGCAUCACCGACGAAUACUACGAGCAAGUUUUUGAACCCAUACUAUA